UAAGAGAAGAAGAAGAAGAUUUUGGUUUCCAAAACAAAACAAGGAAGUGUAGUUGUGAAUGUGCAAAGAAACUAAAGUGUUUGUACAUACAAACGGCUCAACUGGCGUAGAGCCGUAUGAUAACAGGACAACUAGACAGAAAUGAAAACAGAAGUGACAGCAUUUCUCUACAUUUAACUUGCGGAAGUGUAAUCGAAGAGACCGAGGCAAACAGUGUAACGUUACUUCCCGAGCAAGGUUUCUUCUCUUGCCCACCCACUUUCCCCCUUGACAUGGAUGCAUCAGGAGGAUAUUGGGACAGUUGCCUAAAUGAUGAGGACCUGCCUCAGAUGGAUGGUACAUGUGAUGCUUGUGAGCCGGACGAACCUCAGCCAGCCUGUCUGGUAUGCACACUAUGUUGCUUCGCGUUCUGUGUCAGCCAUGCAGAUGAACAUUCACAACGCUCUGGUCACCCGCUCCAGCCAUACCUUCCUCUAGACCCACAGCUAGAGAAAGGACCCUUGAGAGAUCAAGAGGCAUCUGAAAACAGUGCAGAGGGGGCAGAGGCUGCCGGAGGUGAGGAGAAUAAACUUCAGCAUGGGGUUGGCAAAAGAGACACAGUGACGGUGGAGAGACUAAAAUGUAAGGAGCAUGGACAAGAGGGGUCACUUUACUGUAAAAACGAUGAGAGGAUCGUUUGUGUGGUGUGUGCUGUGCAGGGAGAACAUAAGGAACAUGAGAUCAUUACUCUCAAAGAAGCAUACCUGUGGCAGAAGAGCAAAGAAGGCAUUGACCUUUUGGAACAAACUCAAGUAAUGGCUGAGAAAAUUAAAGUUAAAUGGACCUGUCCAGAUAUGAGUACAGAAGAACUGGAGCAGUAUGUGAAUCGGCAGUUUGAUGAACUGCACAGGCUUGUUCGACUAGAGGAGUGGCGAGUCCUGCACCUGGUGGAUCUGAAGGAGGCAUUCCUUACUGCCCAGGCUGCUGAAAGUAUUUCUGAGAUCAGCGUCCACACUGAAAAACUUCAAGAAGAAAUGGAUUCUAUCACUCAGCAGCUAGUCAUGUUGGAUAAAGCAGAGCAAGAUGGAGUUGCCCCCAAAUCACUGGCCCCGCUGCUGACUGCCAGAACACCACCUUCCCUUGGUGCUGUCAUAGAGCCUGGACGACUGGACCCUGAAGUGAGGCUGAGAGUAGGCAAUCAAAUGAGGGACCCAGAAGAUCAUUCAGUUGAUGAAGAGAAAAAAGAAGAUGCACAUAUGGGGCAUGUACCCUAAAACUAAUGGACAUUGAGACGUUCUUUUCAGCAUGAAUUAAAUUACACUAGUCUCAUUGUAUCAUAAAAAUGUAUAUGGAUAAUACUUGACUACCAUUUUUCUUAAGAAGGUAAUGAAAUAAUCAAACUAUCAGGUCAAAAUAGGAUGAAAUUUUUUCCCCCACAUUUAAGCAAAUAUAACAAUUUAGUCUUAUUUUCCAGAGGGGUAUUGCACAAAAGCAAGAUAAGGGAUUAAGCUGGGAUUUUCCAGUUAUCCUGGCUGAAUUUAGACCUGACUCGGUUGCAUGAAGGAAGGCUAAAUUAAUCUAGAUGAAGUUACUAUGGAGAUUUACUCUUUGCAGCUAGCCUGCUCCAGAGCAGGCUAACAACCAGGCUAAGAUUAAUCCUAGUGAUUAAUUCAAUUCAAAGAACUUUAUUAAUCCCAGGGGGACAUUGCUUUCAUGUUACAAUUAUAGAAAUGAAAAAAAGAAAAGAAAUAAAAACAUAAUUAUAUGCCCAUCAAUGAUUAAAAAAUUAAUAGAUAAGAAAUAAAAAAUAAUAAUAAACUAUAACCAUAUAAAAAAUGGUAAAUACUUCAAUAGUGAAUUGUCCCAGCACUAACAAAGAGGAAUUAUACAGCCUAAUGGCCACAGGUAUAAAGGACCUUCUAAAAUGCUCAGUAAGCAGUGAUCAGUCUCUGACUAAAUGUACUUCACUGGUUGGCCAGCACCCUGUGUAGUGAGUGAAAGGGAUUGUUUAGAAUUGAAUUAAGUUUUGACAGUAUUACAGAGUCCAGCUCCAGACCAAGUACAUAGCCAGCCCCUCUAAUUAAUUUGUCCAGUUUAUUUCUGUCUGCCACCUUCAUACUAAUUCCCCAACAGACCACUGCAUAAAAAAUGAUGCUAAACACCACAGACUCAUAAAACAUCCACAGCAUGGUAUAGCAGACUUUACCAUUUCUGAUUAAUCAGCUAGUUCCUCUUUCAACUAGAUAUUAAUGUGUUUGAGUCACUUCAUGGUCCUGCAUUAAAAUACUAGAUAUACUGUAAUUUAUCUAAGUAUGCGUACUGUUAUUUUAGUUAUUAUGAAGACUGCUGUCAGGGGUUUGAUGAAUUCAUUUAUUAAUGCAGAUGUUGAUAUAAGAAAUGACGGAUGAAGUUGAAAGGCGGUUUCAAUUAAGGACAUAUGUAGACUAGUAUUAAGGCAUGAGAAAUAUCUGACUGAGAGGUACAGAUUCUCAGGUGAUCUAAGAAAUGUCAGUCUAGCACUGAAAUCACUUCUACAAGACUGCAAGUAACAGGAACAGAUAGUGUUACAUUAGGCAGUAACCGUAAAACAGGCAUUAUUUUGUGUUACAGCUUUCCCUAUUGUCAAUGGAUGCAGUGGAUUGUACCCCUGUGCCAGAUAUAUGACUUUUUUAAUGUUAAAAUUAGUAAAGACGAUACAAUAUGUCAGCAGACACUACCUUAUGUGUAGAUUUAUUUCUGCAAUCAAGUCUCCAGCAUGCAAAAUGUUCUUAAUCUUGAUUUUCUGAAAGUGAUGGAUGGUCCAAAUUAUUAUGCACAUGCAAUUUUUGUUCGUUUUUUAAAAUAAAGUCCGUAAAUUUACAAAUUGUAUUUUAAUCUCAAUAGUUAUAUGACAGUGUGCAUGAUAUUCUAUUUAAAUACAUAAUUUGACAUAUUUAAAAUGUCAAAAGAUACUUUAAUACUUAAAAAAUAUGCAAAUUAUGCUUUUCCAAAUUAUUAUGCAAAAUGCACUUUAUCAAAAUUUAGUGUGUUAAAAUAAUCCACAAAACAGAUAUCUGUCAAAUGUGCUGCAGGGACACAUAAUGACAAAAAAACAUUAAAUAAUUUAUUUAACACAAGUUACAUAAUAAUAUAUGAGCAUAUUUUUGACAAGACUUUAACUCUCCCAUUUAUUAAACUUGUAAGUCUAUAGUUUCUGUCUUUAUUUCGCUUGAAGAUGCUAGUAUUGCAUCCCAGAGUUGAUGUUUGAAUAUGAAUUAUAGUUCUGUCCACCUCACAGAUCAUUCAUAUAAUGAUGCUUCAUAGACUCCUGAGACUAAGGUCAGAGGAUAUUCAUACUGUACCUUAAUUUUUUUCUUAUUUCAUGCCCAUAUUUAAAUAGUCAGUGUUGCUUUUUUUGCAGCAUGCUAUAGUGUAUUGUCCUGCAUGAAAGUAAAUACAUUUCAGAAGACAUGAUUCCUUUUUCCCAUCUUUUAGGUACCGUACAGUACAUAUCUUCCAGAUGUCAUUUUGGCCCCCUCAAGGGACUUACCAUCUUACUUCCCAAUAUUCCAGUCCAAACCAGCCUUGUUUGAACAUGAUGGCUAUUCACCAACAAUCCAGAAUAUACUAUUUAGUGUAUUAUGGCAUGUCAAUGAUAAAACUGUUUGAAAACUUCAUGAAGAUCACAGUAAAUUUAGUAAUUUUGGAAGCUUUAGUUUGGGGGUGGGGUUGAAAUCCAUUUUUAUGCACUGAAGGAUCCUAUAUUGAGGGCUUCUUGGUAUUACAGAGGAACCAGCAUGUUUGCUUCUUAGGAGGUGGCAUUUUUAUUGUUGCCUUUUCCUAAUAUUUUGCUUAAAAAAAUUCUUCAUUUGGUCAAAUCCUGUACAUAAAUCUUAAAAUAAUUCAAUGAUUUUGGUUUAGUUCCACCAAAUAUAAAUUGUUAUAGGAAAUAAAUAGCUUUCUUAAGAUAAUGCACACUUUUUUUGCAUCAAAUACUGUAGAUACACAUAUAAGUAGUUAAGUGUUUGCAGUUUCAUGAUGAAUUUUUAUGAGUUUUAUCCAUUUUUGCAUCAGUGAUUCUGUGAUCGAUCCUGUGGUCUGUUUAAGAAUUCCGUGAACGUGCACUUAUCCUAGCUAGCUAAACCUGGCUUGACAUAGCUGCCCGUUCUCAUCCUGGCUUACCAAUCGUGCAACAGGCUAAGCCAGGAUGGGCUGAUUAAACUAGGUCAAGCUGGGCCUUUUCUGUUAUCCUGGCUUACUUAAUUCUACUUUUGUGCAAUACCCCCCAGGUGUUUUUAUAUUAACCUCCAGACAUUUGUUUAUUGUUUGCACCAUAAUAAUUAAUUUUGUGUAACUGUAACCUGUUGUACACAAACGUGAACAAUUACACUGCUUCAUGUUCAAAGAAAAAUAUUUGGUUAUUAUAUUUACUGGUUCUCCAACUCCAAAUAGCAAAAAAAAAUACAAACCAAAGCUUGGGUCUUAGGAGUUUAAAAUAAAAUUUAGAUGCAGUACUGGUGGAGGGAUUUAAUUAAAGGUAUGUAAUUAAAUACAGUUUAUGGACCAUCACCACAUCAUGCUUCUAUGAUUAUUUUAACUAUUAAAGGGACAAUGUGAAGUAUUUUAUUAGUCAAAAUGAAUGGCUUUAUUCAUAAAUAUGUCCUCAUUGGUGUCAAAUUACCUCUGUCAAUUAUCUGACUUUUCUUUGUAAGCUUAGCAUUUCUUCUCUGUAUUUACAUUGAAUGGUUAAGUCCAAGAAGGCUUUGUUGUCAUUUUGCCAUAUUUAGAAACUAUAAUAGCAGAGAGGAACAAAAAGCACUAGCCUACCGCAACGCGUUUCCAGAACGCUUUUUCGUUCAGAACACGUGAAACCGCUGAAAUCGACAAGGAGAACGGUGAGUACAUAACGGCUACCGUAGUUGCAACACGCAUUUGGUAAAGAGAGGCACUAGAGAGCACUAUUUGUUUGAAUCCAAAAUACAAUUUCACCACUAGAUGGGGGAAAUCCUACUUACUGUCCCGUUAAACACAGUAUACGAUUAAAUGUUUGGCAUAGUAAUAGCUCAAUGUUUUUAGAUUAAAACAUCUAGGUACUGUACAAAUAGACCCAGUGUAUCCUUCUACUUUGUAACAGAAAAAAUAAACUUAUAAA